AUUUUUUAUUCACCCAAUUCGCCAUACACUACUAGUAUUUUUAAUUUUCUCUGAGUCUGCCUGUGGUUGUUUUCUGGCAUUAAAUAGAAAACAGGGUAACACACUUAGAAGAGCAGAUAAUUAUGCGCUCAUAGAGAAGAACACAGGCACAUUCUGUCUGUUUGCUCUUAUUAAAGCAAUACAAAAUAAUUGCAAAGGCAUGCUGCUUUUCUUCUUGUCUGACUUAUGGAGUGUCAUAAUACUGUAGAAAUUGUAAAGAUAUGGCAACACCAGAAAUUGUUUCCCUUCAAUUGCGCUGUUUUGCGCGUUCUUUCAUUCGUUUUCCUUCUGUACAUUCGCAAACAACAUACAUGAAAUUCUACGUAAAUUAACACAGCGCAUAGAGGAAUGUAAAUAUUUUUGCAAAACACCAAUGAAUCGCUUUCUCAUUCGCAGAGUGUUUUUCAAAUUAAAAACCGACGCAGCAACAAUACGACCAGCUACUACGAAAGUACCAUAUUAUACAACACUGAAUGGCCAAGCAGAGACACAAAGCAGCGACAGAGAAAUAAAUAAACAUCAAUUGGCACUGACAGAGAGUUGGCGGUUUUUUCUUCUUGUUGAUAAUAAUAAAAACAAAAGUCGUAGAUUGUUGAACAAUCUUAGUUUGGUCAGUGGAAUAAUGUCUCAACGAAAUAUAACAUCAUUUUUCAAGCCAAAAGACCAAACAGCCAAUACGGAAACAAAGAAAAAAGUAGUAACCAAACCAGAAAAUGCCAACGAAAAGGAGAGUAAGGACAAAACCAGCAACACACCGGUAAAGAGAAAAUCUGACCAGGAGUCAUCAACUGGCAAUGCGGCAAAGGCAAUCAAAACUGAGAUUAAGACUGAAACUAGCCCUGGAAGUAAGGAGAAUGAGAAAUCGAUUAACAAUAAUGUAAAAAGUGAAACCAUCCCAGUGGAGGUCAAAAAGGAAGAGAAGACAGACAUUUCUCCCGAAAAGCCACCACAAAAAACAAUGUGCCUUCAAUUGAAUGAUAAAAAAGUGGAUAGCAUUACAACCGACUAUAAUCCGGACAAGUCGAAUUACCAUCCACUCAACGAUGCUGCUUGGAGGAAAGGUGAAAAAAUUCCAUAUUUAGCCCUAACUCGUACGUUCCAAUUGAUUGAAGAGACUCGAGGACGUUUGAAAAUGGUUGAAAUAUUGGGAAAUUUCUUUAGUUCUGUUAUAGUUACCAAUCCAGAUGAUUUGCUAGCUAGCAUUUAUUUAUCCAUUAACCAAUUGGCACCGGCCUAUGAGGGCCUGGAACUUGGCGUUGCCGAAACGACAUUGAUGAAAAUCAUUUGUGAUACAACCGGACGUAAAAUGGAUUUCAUUAAAUCGCAAACACAUAUUACCGGUGAUUUGGGCAUCGUAGCUGAACAAUCUCGUAUGGCCCAACGUAUGAUGUUCAAACCAGCCCCAUUAACGAUAUCGGGAGUUUUUAAAAAACUUAAAGACAUAGCAAAUGCACCGGGUAAGAAUAAGGUGACACCCAUUAAGGACAUAUUUAUAGCUUGUCGAGGAUCAGAAGCAAGAUUCUUUAUCAGAUCGCUUAUUGGCAAACUGCGCAUUGGCAUUGCUGAACAGAGUUUGAUAAAUGCUGUGGCAACUGGGAUUGUCAAAAGCAAGUAUAUGGAUAAAAUGAAGAAAAUGGGAGAAGAAAAACUAAAAAGUGAAAUCGAUGAGGUAACAUUAAUCCUAAAGACCACUUAUUGUCAGUGUCCAAAUUAUGAUAAAAUCAUACCCACACUAUUGGAGCAUGGCAUCGACGAGAUUGAGGAACGCUGUCCCAUGUUGCCGGGUGUGCCUAUCAAACCCAUGUUGGCACAACCAACUAAAGGUGUUUCGGAAGUUCUGGAACGUUUUGACGGCCUCACCAUAACCUGCGAGUUCAAAUACGAUGGUGAGAGAGCUCAAAUACAUUGCGAUGAAAAUGGUGUAAUUUCAAUAUUUUCACGUAAUCAAGAAAAUAAUACCACCAAAUAUCCAGAUAUUAUUUGUAGAAUAGGAGAAUUUUCGAAAAGUGGUGUCAAGUCGUACAUCAUUGACAGUGAAAUUGUCGCCUGGGAUGUGGAACAGAAAAUGAUUUUACCAUUCCAGGUGUUGACGACGAGAAAACGUAAGAAUGUCGAUGUAGGAGAAAUAAAGGUACAGGUCUGUGUUUAUGCUUUCGAUUUGCUGUACUUGAAUGGUGAGCCAUUGGUAACAAAACCAUUUGCGGAUCGCAGAAAACUAAUGAAGGAGAAUUUCAAUGAAACAGAGGGAAUGUGGCACUUUGCUCAUGCAAUGGACACCAGUGAUGUGGAUGAAGUUCAGGCAUUCCUUGAAGAAUCCAUUAAGGGUAACUGUGAAGGUUUGAUGGUAAAGACCCUGCAAAAAGAUGCCACAUAUGAGAUUGCUAGACGUUCCAGAAAUUGGCUAAAACUUAAAAAAGAUUAUUUGGCUGGCUGUGGAGAUUCCUUGGAUUUAGUUGUCAUUGGUGGUUAUCGCGGCAAGGGCAAACGUACAGGAAGUUAUGGUGGAUUCCUACUCGCCUGCUAUGACGACGAAAAUGAAGAAUAUCAAAGUAUUUGCAAAAUCGGAACUGGCUUCUCGGACGAAAGUUUACAAACACAUGCUGAAUUCUUUAAAAAUCAUGUAGUACCAACGAAAAAAUCUUACAUAGCAUGUGACAGUUCUUUAGAACCGGAUGAUUGGUUUGAACCCGUUCAAGUAUGGGAAGUGAAGUGCGCUGAUCUGUCAAUAAGUCCCAUUCAUAAAGCGGCAAUUGGUAUUGCGGAUCCAGAAAAGGGUAUUUCUCUUAGAUUCCCACGUUUCAUAAGAAUACGAGAUGAUAAAACACCUGAAAUGGCAACUACUGGUCGUGAGGUGGCGUAUAUGUACAAUUCACAAGAUCAAAUUAAGAAUCAACAAAGUCGUCAAAAUGUCAUCGAUGAUGAUUUCUAUUGAAAUUGAAAAAUUAAUUGUUUGAUUGUAAUCUUAAACAUUUAUUAUUAUACAUGCAAAACAGAAACAAUAAACAUUUACAAAGUAAGAAAUAUCGGAGUUAAUUGUUUUACUUCGAAUCUAUUAAUGUAAGGAUUUUGAUUAAAAAACAUAUUUUAUAUAUUUAAACACAUAA